UAAAAAUUCAUUCAAGUCAAUGUAUUCUAUCAGAUGAACGCAGUUGAACUAUUUUGGCAAAGGGAUCGAGAGGGCAGGAUUAUCAGGACUCUUUCACAACGUUUCUGUAAUUUAGUUGAAUGAGGAACAGAAGGGUUUUCUUUGCGUCUCUGUUAGGCAAUACUGUUACAUUUAGUUUAGUUGUAACUAAAAUUAACAUGGUUAUUUUGUUGCAUUGUCAUGUUUUCAAAUGUUACCUGUAUUAAUUAGGGAAAUAGUUUGGUGUAUCUAAAUACUUAUCUUUGACACCAGCAAAAUUUCUCUUUGAUACUAUCCAUUAACAUUUAGCCACUCUCAGAACUGCACAGCUGAGACAGGCUUACUGGAUUGUGCUUAAAACAAUACGUACUAUUAGUGGUCAUCAUUGCGCUCUGCAUCUAAAUGGCGAUACAGUGUUUGUUGCUUGAGUAUAGCAGUUAGUGACCUAACUGGAACGACGCAAUAAAUUUAAUUGAGUUUAAGUAAUAUAACAUGCAUGCAAAGCAAAGAUUUGUGUAGCUUUUAAUGGUUUGUAUGCCGUUCCUGUUUGCUUUAACUUUCAACAAGAAACAUAGGCCUACUCAAUGUAAUGCACGAGACUGGCAUCACUAUACGCUGCAAGCAGUGGCAAGAAAAAUAAUUCAUGGUUGGAAAACAAGAGACAGCGUUUUAAAACAAUGAGUUUCUCGAUGGAAUACCUUGCUGAACAAUUACGAAGUUACGUGGGCAGCUUGGAUGUCCCUCGACCCAACAGUCGCAUGGAGAUCGUCGCGGCCAUGAGGCGUAUCAGGUAUGAAUUUAAAGCAAAGAACAUCAAGAAGAAGAAAGUGAGUCUCGUGGUGUCUGUGGAUGGAGUGCGGGUGGUCCUGAGGAAGAAGCAGAAGAGGAAAGAAUGGACCUGGGAUGAGAGCAAGAUGCUGGUGAUGCAUGACCCUAUAUACAGGUUUGUCAUGUGAUCCAUCACCCCAGUUACACAUUUUAUGCUGGGGUGGGGGGGAGAGGGUCACGUAUAGGUACAGUCAGUCAUUUCAAACACAAACCUGUCAGUAAAAUUGAAUUUAAAUCGGCUGAAAUCACACUGAAAGCCACAUUUGAGGUCGACCUGUAAUUUACAGUCUAGCUCUGAUGUUGCACAUAUAUGAAACGCUAAUUAUUUCAGCAUGAUGUAAUAUGAUCCAUUAUUGCGUAGAGAGCAUAUAUGAAUAAUACAUAUAAUCUGUGACAGUGAGAUUUAAUUUUAAGACAAUUUCUGGUUAUUGGGACACAAAUAAAACACCAUAAUUCAAUGCUCUUUGUGUGCAAUUCUGGUGAGACAAUAGCCUGUUUCUUCCUCAGUAGCACUGGCUCUCUGAAUGCAACAUUGUUUUGCAAUUUAAAGCCUCUUUGUAAUGUUUGAACUUGACAAAAACUUCUGUUAAAAGGCUGUCCAAUGUGUAAAAAAUCACCACAUCUCAAUGUUGUUUAAGUGAUUAUUUCCACAAACUGGUACCAUUGAAGAACAUCCUGUCUGACCUAAUGGCUGUGACAGUAAAUGGUACAAUGGUCACCCUUCAGCCCAAAAAUGACGUCUGCGUCGUGAAAGCCUGGGGUCAGAGUGCAGGGUCAGCCAACACUCCUCACCCAUGGAGCAGCUGGUCUUAAAGGCUUAUUAAUUUCCUGGCCAUUGGAUUCAAACCUUUGACCUUCCAGACAUGGGCAGUGAGCCCCUCACCUACUGAGAUAUACACCAGAGGCUGCCACAGGACCAAUGACCCAUUCACAAUGUGAGGUUUGGGAAGU